CACCUCAUCCCCUCCCCCUUCAUUUCAACCUUCUCGCGCAGCUCAUCUUGCUACUUCUGUAUGCUUCCAAUUGAAUUCACUCCCCUCCCCCAGUUCCUAUCACCGACUACAAUCUUUCAAUCUUCGAUCUGGCUGGAUUUAGCCGUCAAUUGGAUAUUGCACAAAGGCCUUGAGCUUGUCACUUAUUCGAUACCCGCACUGGAAUCCAGCUGUGGAGCUGGCCACUACGGCAAGGAGGCUGGAUCUCGAAUUGUGUGCAUUUGUAGCACGCUACGACUCCACAAUAGCGCAAGUGCCUUUUACGUGCACACAAUACAUUCAGAGGGGUCAUUGAUACCUUCACGCCUUCAGAUAUCCGUCUCUGCAAAGUUAUCCAUUUGCAUACCAUCAGCCGCUGAGCAUCCAAAUUUGCCCAUAAUAGUGAAAGCCAAGUCAAGAUGGGUUGGUUUGACGGAAAAUCCUCAUCCUCGUCUUCCCACACACAUGUCCGCCGACGCUCCUCCCCCUCCAGACGAUCCACUUAUUCAUCCCAACAUCCUCGCCACUCUACCCCCUCGCUCUUGAGUAUGAAUGGUGGUAGUCGCGCAGGACGGACCAGUCCAUCAGUACUCUCAUCCUCAUCGUCGCGACGCGCACGGCCCCGAUCAGGCUUCGUGCAGCGGGUGGUCCGCUACAUCAGACGCUUGCUCCGUGACAUCUACGACUACGCCCGUCGUAAUCCCGUGAAGGUUCUCAUCCUAGUUGUUAUACCGCUCCUCACGAGUGGUGUCUUGCAGAAAUUACUCGCAAUGGUUGGCAUCCGCCUCCCAAAAAGCAUCUUUGGUGGAAAUUCUCCGAAGUCUAGCCCCAAUAGCAUGUCAGACAACAUCAAGGGACUCAUGAACAUUGCGAAAAUGAUGAUGUAGCCGUUGAAACCCUCGAUCUCGUCUUCUUCGGCUCAGGAGGCCUAUCGCCUGGAUAUGGAUCUAUUUUCUCACUCACCAGUUUGAGCGGGAGAUUAGUGUGGAAGAGCCCGAAAAAUGGACGACGCUCACGAUCACGAUAUUAUGACGAUACGAUGCAAACUUGACCUGAUGGCUUUUCUUAGUUCAUACAUUCGUUUGCUUGCAGGUUGCUCAGAAAAGCCAUGUUUCAGAUACAAGUUUUGAGAUAUAUCAAGCUUAUAUCCAAUUGUUUGGGAAGUAUUCAGACACUACUGCCAACGAAACGCUUGUCAUGGCCUAUCGAAAUGAACUUUUGACACCAA